AUGAUUCAACCCUGAAACAGGGAAUCCCUUCAGUGUUACAACAAUUCUCCUGUUUCUGAAUCCAUUCGGGUUUUGGCUGCACCCGUCCUUUUUAGUAACUUAUGUAGUGAAAUUUUCAUUUCUGGCCGGUUUCUAUUGGAUUGCCCAUAUGCUCCAAGAGCCAAAUUGGAUUUUCGCUGCUUUUAUCCAUUCUGUGGCACUCUCUGAGCAGCGGCUUAUCAAUCUACCAGUAUUCAGGUGCUUUCUCCACUUCUCAUAGCUCUAAUCUAUCGUGUGGAUCUGAGGUUUUCUCUUGGCAAUUGACUUCUGUCUUGAGAUGUUAAGAGUAGUGAUGGCUUAACCACAGAUCAAACUUCUUCAUGAAGGUCGUUCCUGCCAUCCUGCAAGUUUGCCAUUCUCCCAAAUAAUUAGCUUGGUACUUCUGGUGGAUCUCCCUCAGCAAGUUCGUCUGAUGGCAGUCGUAUUAACUCCUCUCGUUGGAUCAUGUGUCAAUAGGUUGCUAGAUAUCAUAGCAGAUGAGACAAUUAUGAUCCUAGGGGCGAAAGACGAUCUUGAUAUUCUACACCAAACAAUACAUCAUAUACAAUACUAUCAUCAGGAUGCCGAGCAAAGGAGAAUGGACGAUUUAGCAGUUAACAACUGGCACGGUGAGCUACGGGAUGCAAUCGAUGAGGCUGAUGAUAUUUUCGACCUAAUUGAAGGAAGGAAGCUACUUAAAGAUAGUCCUUCAUCAUCAAGAAAUACACCUGCAUGUAGUGGCAUUUCAUUCUUAUCUUGCUUUACUGAUAUUCUGAAGCGUCAUGACAUUGCUGGUAAAAUCAGAAAGGUCAACACCAGAAUAGAGAAUAUCUCAAAGCUGGGUCAAAGUUUUCUAACACGUUGUGAUGUGGCACCUGUUGGUCAAAGAGCAAUAUCCAGACCAAGAAAGAGUUCCAACCUUGUUGAACCUAACCUUGUUGGGGAGGAGAUCAAACAUUCUAGUAGGAAGUUGGUGGAGUUGGUGCUUGCAAACAAGGAAAAUAAGUAUUACAAACUUGCAAUUGUUGGAACUGGAGGAGUUGGCAAGACAACACUAGCUCAAAAAAUAUUCAAUGAUGAAAGAAUAAAGGGGAACUUCAAGAAACACAUGUGGAUCUGUGUAUCACGAGAUUAUAAUGAAGUUAUUCUUAUGAAAGAGGUGCUAAGAAGUAUCGGAGUUCGUUAUGACACAGAUGAAAAUGAGGGGGAGCUUAGUAGCAAGCUCAAAGCAGCCAUUCAAGAGGAAAGCUUCUUCCUUGUGUUGGAUGAUGUUUGGCAGUCUAAUGUGUGGACUGAUCUACUGAGAAUCCCAUUGGAUGCUGCUGCUACUGGGGUGGUUCUAGUAACUACUAGAGAUGAUACAGUUACACGGGCAAUUGGGGUGGAAGAUGUGCACCGUGUUAAGUUGAUGCCCAUAGACGUGGGAUUGGAGCUGCUCUGGAAGAGUAUUAACACCAAAGAAAGGGAUGUGCCCGAUAAUCUGCGUGAUAUUGGGCUGGAUAUAGUCAGGAAAUGCGGUGGAAUUCCUCUUGCUAUCAAGGUUACUGCUAGUGUUCUAGCAACAAAAGAGAAAACUGAAAACGAGUGGAAAAAGUUUAUAGAUAGAAGUGCUUGGUCUGUGAGCAAUGUUCCUACAGAGCUAAGAGGUGCUUUGUAUUUGAGUUAUGAUGAUCUACCACGAUAUCUGAAGCAAUGUUUCCUGUAUUGUGCCUUAUAUCCAGAAGAUCAGUUUAUGUUGCGUGACGAUCUUGUAAGGUUUUGGGUCGCCGAAGGUUUUAUAGAAAAACGACAAGAACAACUUCUGGAAGAUACAGCUGAGGAAUAUUACUAUGAGCUGAUACACAGGAAUCUCCUUCAACCAGACCCUAGAUUUUAUGACCAUAGGUGGAGCAAAAUACAUGACCUUUUAAGGCAACUUGCUCAACAUUUAUCAGGUAGAGAAAUAUUUUUUGGAGACCUACAGUCAUUGGAGGCUAAAGAUUUGUCCAAUCGACGACGCAUUUCAGCUUUUACUGACAAGGAUUCUGUAAUGCUCUCCAAUGUGGGUCAGGAGCAUAUUAUUAGAGCAAGGACAUUGAUGAUUCGCUCUCGCAAGACACCAAGAAUUGCAAAUACAAUAUUCAGGAGACUUCCAUCCAUCCGAGUUUUGGAUCUGACGGAUUCAUCUAUAGAAAGUAUUCCAGAUUGCAUUGGAAGUUUGAUACAUCUACGAUUACUUGAUCUUGAUGGGACAAUCAUAACUUAUCUUCCAAAGACCAUAGGUUUUCUCAUAAACCUACAAAUACUGAAUUUACAGAGGUGUAAUGCUUUGCGCAACCUUCCUAUGGAAAUCAAUCAGCUGUGCAAAUUAAGACGCCUUGGUCUUGGCGGUACAACAAUAGAUCGGGUUCCCAACGGGAUAGGUAAAUUAAAAUUUCUUAAUGAUUUAGAAGGAUUUCCCAUUGGCAAUGGAAAUGAUAAUACAAAAACACAAGAUGGUUGGAACUUGGAAGAGUUGGCUCCACUUUUGCAGAUGCGGCAGCUUCAUAUGAUUAAAUUGGAAAGAGCAGCUCCCUGUAGUACCACUACCAGUGAAAUACUAAAAGACAAAAGGCAUCUCAGAGUUUUGAAUCUAGAAUGCACUGAACGAACAGAAGUAUAUUCAGAAGAAGAAAUUAGCAAUAUUGAGACGAUCUUUGCUCGGUUAAUCCCUCCCCGCAACCUUGAAGACCUAUACAUCACAGGAUUCUUUGGUCAGAGGUAUCCCGCCUGGCUUGGUACUUCCCAUUUGUCUUCAGUGAAACAGCUGUACCUCACAAAAUGUAAAUCAUGCGUGCAUCUUCCACCAAUGGGGCAGCUACCCAAUCUGAGAUAUCUGAAAAUUGUGGGGGCAGCAGCAAUAAACAAGAUUGGACCUGAAUUUCAUGGUUGCAGGGAGACUAGUCCCGGAUCUUUGAGGGUAGUUGCUUUUCCCAAGCUUGAAAUGUUGGACAUAAUAGAUAUGCCCAACUGGGAAGAGUGGUGCUUUGUUGAAGAAAGAGAAAAUGAUGCAACAGUAGGGAUAGGAGGGGAAGAUGAUGGAGGUGUUGAUAUACAAAAUCGGGACGGCGUAUCUUCAUUUCUGCAGCUGCUGCCUCGUUUGAAGGAGCUGAGACUCGAUGGCUGCCCCAAGCUGAGAGCCCUCCCAUGGCAGCUUGGAAAGGAGGCCACAAGUUUGAAGAAGCUCAAAUUAGGAGGAACAAGCUGCUUGAAGGUGGUAGAUGGCCUUUUGUUCCUCACUGAGACCCUACAAAUCAUGGGCUGUGAGGGUCUGGAGAGGGUAUCGAGUUUUCCACAAGUGAGGGAGCUGCGUGCACAGGCUUGUCCAAAGUUAGAGCGUGUUAAUGGAUUCGGCAAUUUGCAGCACUUGUGGUUGGCUGAGGAUAUGGAACAGAUCGCCAGGCGUUGGGUGCCAGGGCUUCAAGAACAGCACCAGCGACUUCAUAAGGAAGGCAUUGAUGUCCACACAUGGAUUUACUAGAUGUCCAAAUAUGUGGAGACACGAGGCUGAUAAUCUUGCAGACUUCUGCAACCAUGUUCUAGCUGAUUGCAGCAUCUACUAAUGCAUUAUUGUUUCACCAAAAAAAAUUCUUAGGAGAUGUUUGCCUAGCCGCUGACGUUGUUACCCCAAACUGAAGUUGGAUGCUAAGCUGAUAUGGGAUAACAAAAAUGUUUCCGGCUGAUUCCUGUGGCUUGGGGAGAUUGGUUCUUGACGGUAUGCUUUAUCAAUGAGCACAAAAGAUAGCGUUUGCCGCUCGACCUUGCGGGCUUACUUCUUUUUGCUCUUUUGUUCAAGGUAUUUCCGCCUGUUUUAAUAGUAUCAAGGUACCUUGCCCUCGAAUGUUGUUUGUAGAAAUGAGGGAUUUUCUUAUUCUUUUGGAAUUGUUGAAAUAUUCAUUUCCAUGCAUUUUGUUCUUUCAUUUGUUUCCUUGGUGAGGAUGGGGAUCUUCAUCUCCACCAUCAUCCAUAUGUAAUUAGUAUUAAUCACUGU